AAAAAUACCCCGGUUCAUAUUGCGACGGUGAACGGGCCUGGCGAUUUUUUUGUGGUGAGUCGGAGCAGCGCUGUCCCCGUUCAGUGUCUUCACCGUUACCUCGCCGCCUGCGCAGCCUUCGACUUUCACGGCCACUUUCGAUCCCAGCAAUCCGCUAGGGAUCGUGGAGAAACUCUUCGACUUCCUGGCCGCGGAGAGCGACUACCUCUUGAAGUACGUGGCGGAGAAAGAGAUCGCGGCGGUGGCGAAGGCUGCCAAGGAGAAGCGAAAAAGGAAGGAGGAGGCGGCGGAAAGAGAGAAGACCGCCGCUGAUAAGGCUGCCGAGAGCAACAAUAGAUUGAAGGAGGAAGAGAAAGAGAGGAAGAAGCCCGAGAAGGAGGAAGAGAAGGGCACCAGAGGUGAAUGCUUCAUAGCUCUCUUGGUUCCGUUUUUCCUUUA